AUGGAUAUUUCAACUACCUGGACUCCAAGUUCAUAUCCUUCAGCUACGACUUUGUCGAGUAUCGCAACAACUAAUGCACCCAAAUUAAUUGCAACAGUAUCAUCAAUUAUGAAUAAAGCUAAUACAGAAACCGAUAUUUAUAAUUUGAAAAAUCUCCAACAAAUUUAUAGAGGUGCUCAAGCUUCAUUAACAAUCAUCUCAGCAGAAGAAAUUUUAGCUACCGCUACUGAAGCAACAAUUCAAAGUUCAGCUACUCAAGCCAUAUUUGAUGCUACAUUAAAUUUAAAGGCGCUAGAAUGGGAUCAAAACAUCUAUGGAUAUUAUUUAAAUAAACCUGCAAAUAUUGUAUUUUUAAGUGUGUUUUCAAUACUCAUGUUAUAUUUCUGUUUAAUGAUAAUAAGAUCAAGAUAUUGGGCAUUUAAUGUUACAUUCUGCUGUGGUUAUGCAUUACAAUUUAUUGGAUUUUUGGGUAGAGUAUUAUCAUUUUCAAAUUAUUCAUCAUUACCCUAUUUUUUAAUGAAUAAUGUAUGUUUAACUAUUCUGUCAGCUUUUAUAAUGGCAGGAAUAUAUUUUAUAUUUGGUCAAAUGGUUAUUAUACAUGAUAGAAAGUUUUCAAUUUUACCUCCUUUAUUUUAUUCAUAUUUUUUUAUAACAAUUGAUAUUUUAUCAAUUUUAAUUCAAGCUACUGGCGGUGCUGUUGCAAGUAUGAAUGCAAAUAAUCAUUCAAACUCUAAAGUAGGAGAUAAUAUAAUGAUUGGUGGUAUAGUUUGUCAAAUUGCAGCAAUGACUUUAUUUAUUAUUUUUUGGUUGGAAUUUAUCAAUAGGUUGUAUUUCAAGAAGUUUAAUAAUGAACCAUCAACAAUUACGGAGAAAUAUUCGUUGAGGAAAAGAUCAAUUCUGAAUUUUUUUAAAUUAUUGUUUAAUGUCAAAUCAGUGAAAACUUAUAAACUGGUAUAUUUAGAAAGUUUAUACAAUUCAAAAUAUGCAACAAUUCGUUCACAUACAUUAUUUCCAUAUAUGCCAUUAGCUAUGACUGUUGCUGUAAUUGUUAUUUAUAUCAGAUGUGUUUAUAGAGUGGUGGAAUUAAUUGAAGGUUAUGGUGGUUAUUUAAUGACACAUGAAAUUUAUUUAUUAAUCUUGGACGCAACAAUGAUAGCUAUAGCUGGAUUCAUUUUUUUCCCAUUUCAUCCUGUUUGGGUUUUUGGUAAACAAAAUUUAGUCAAAUUAGCUUCAAUUAGAAAAAAAUUAGAUAAAAAUGAAAUUGAAACAUUCGACGACACAAACAUUUUUAAUGAAGACAUUUUAGAUCAUGAAGAGAAGCAACGUAGAAGGGAUUUGUUGUAA